CCUCAUGUUAAUAGCGGAAAGAGCAUUUUAUCACAAACCGUCGCAGUGAUGUAUCGCCAGCGCAUAGUUUUUAUAACCUUCAUUCUACUGACGAUUAGUCAAUUUAAGAAUGCAGCUGAAGGCACUGCACAACAUUUGCCAACGAGUUGUGCUGAAGCAGUUCAUUUUUCUGGCCGCACACCCUCCAGCGGCAUAUAUCAGUUACGUGCUCAGUUGCCUGAUCGGGGUUACACAACAUUCUACGCUUAUUGUCUACUCGAUCCAGCAGGUGGGGAAGCCUGGACAGUUAUACAGAGGCGACAGGAUGAUAGUGUACACUUUAAUCGUGGCUGGAGUGAUUACAAAAACGGCUUUGGAAACUUGAAUACAAAUUUCUUCAUUGGUCUUGAUAAGUUGCACGCACUAACCGACUUGCAACUGCAUGAAUUACGGAUUGAAUUAAAGGAUUUCGACGAUGUCGUGAAGGUGGCCAGAUACGAGAGUUUCGCUAUCGGCGGCGAGGAAUUGAAAUACGUACUAACAGUCUUGGGUGCUUACUCAGGCACAGCUGGUGAUUCAUUGACUGGUUUGCACGACGGUUGUAAGUUCAGUACUCAUGAUCAAGACAAUAGUGAGAGAGGUACAAAUUGUGCGGAAGUGUACAAGGGUGGCUGGUGGUUUGGCAAGGAAUUGUGUCUUAAAAGUAAUAUCCGCUUGGAAGACACUGCAGUGAUCCGGCAGCCGCUUGUUUGUUUAGUUUGGAUCGGCCUGCAUAAAUAUUUAUCUGUGAAUAUUUGUUUGACUUCUAUCUGCUUCUAUCUGGAGAAUUACGAUAGCUGGUAGAAUCGGGAACCUGCUGCGUAUAUUAGAAAGUCCCUUAUUAAAAGGACAACCGUAUGUUCUAAAAUUGUUGUCUGCACUUUUGAUAUUAAUGUAUCUCAAUUAAGAUAACUCACAGCUUAUUAUUAUCAAAAUAUGUAUUGUACCAGAAUAAAGUCGAGGGAAGAUCGUCAUUCGAUAACUGGAAACUUGAAAGUUGGAACGCUGUGGUCAGUUUUCACAAUGGAGAGAUUGAGGCUAGAUUUAUCUAUAGCAAAGUGAAUUGGAAAUGUUUUCUUAUUUUUGGAAGUUAAUAUUAGCUGUAAUCGAUUGGUCACUUCUCUGCUCGUUACCUUUGGGCGCUGCUCGCUGAAAAAUAUUACAUGUGAAAGCAACAACAAAGUUAUCUAGUUGAAUUCGUGCAGGAGAGUAUGCGGAUACCUCAUUAAAGAUUCUAUCGCCGCUUGCUGAGUCCUGCCAAAUUUUAUUUUAUAAAUGUAGACCAUUCACAAUGGUAAAAACGACUCAAAGGACAAUUUUUUUACAAAAAUGGCAAUGCCAAUACAUAUAUGUAUAUUGUUUAAAUUGAUUAAUUAAGAUACAUUUUAAUUGAUUAAAUAAAACGUGAGACAUAGCCGCAGCUCGAAACAAAGGGAUACAAAAACAAGUAAGGAAGGGCUAAGUUCGGGUGUAACCGAACAUUUUAUACUCUCGCAAUUUAUUUAUUUAACUUUAUUUAUAUUUUAUAAUACAAAAUUUGACCCACAUAUUCGUCAUAUAUAUUGUAUAAAGUCUAUUGAAAGUUGGAAACCCUAAUAUUAGGUUAGAAGCACCGCGGUAUUAAUGUUCGAUAUAUGGGGCCUUGAAAACAUAUGGUCCGAUUUCGGCGAUUUUUAAAAUGGGGCUGCCACACUAUAAACAUAGUAUUUGUGCAAAGUUCUGCAUCGAUAUCUUCAUUAGUGCUUACUUUAUAUAUUGUAAAGUAAACGAUUCAGAUCGUCUUCAAAGUUCUGGUAUAUAGGAAGUAGGCGUGGUUGUGAAGCGAUUUGGCCUAUUUUCACAACAUAUCAUUGGGAUGUAAGGAAACUAUUACAAACCAAGUUUCAUUGAAAUCGGUCUAGCAGUUCCUGAGAUAUGGUUUUCGACCCAUAAGUGGGCGACGCCACGCCCAUUUUCCAUUUUGUAAAAAAAUCUGAGUGCAGCUUCUAUCUGUCAUUUCUUAUGUGAAAUUUAGUGUUUCUGGCGUUUUCCGUAGGUGAGUUAACCCACUUUUAGUAAUUUUCAACCUAACCUUUGUAUGGGAGGUGGGCGUGGUUAUUAUCCGAUUUCUUUCAUUUUUGGGCUGUGUUAAGAAGGGGCUAAAAAAACGACUGCAAAAAUUUUGGUUUAUAUAGCUCUAUUGGUUUGCGAGAUAUGUACAAAAAACCUAUUUAGGGGCGGGGCCACGCCCACUUCCCCAAAAGAAUUACAUCCAGAUAUGCCCCUUUAUAGUGCGAUCCUUCAUGCCAAUGCUUUAUUUAUGGCUUAGUUAUGGCACUUUAUGUGUUUUCGGUUUUCGCCAUUUUGUGGGCGUGGCAGUGGUCCGAUUUUGCUCAUUUUCGAAAGCAACCUUCCUAUGGUGCCAAGAAUUAAGUGUGCCAAGUUUCAUCAAGAUAUCUUAAUUUUUACUCAAGUUACAGCUUGCACAGACGGAAGGACGGACGGACGGACGGACAGGCAGACUUGUCUUUUGACUUUUCUCGUCACCCUGAUCAUUUUGAUACAUAUAACCCUAUAUCUAACUCGACAACUUUGCAACUUUGUUGCGAGAGUAUAAAUAUGUUUGCUUAGAUUUAAGUAUUUCUCCACCUAAGAAAAUGGUGCAACAUUAUUGCGCAUGAUUAAAAGGACAUUUUAGCGCAGGCUAAAUGCGAUCGACACCAUAAGUGUUGCUGUCUGUUUGAAUUACGGGAUAAUGCUUAGCCAAUCGAUUACAGCUAUUAUUAUGGUUCAAGUUUCACCAUACCUAUCACAGUAUACUUAACUCACCACACAUAAACAUGAAAUGCUUAUAGCGAUUUCUUUUCUCGAUGAAAAUGAUGCCUUUUCAUAUUUCAAUAUUAUAAACAUGCUGCAUUCCCCUUUGAAUGUGUACCAUUUCUUACAUGAUGAAAGAGCAAUAAAAUAUCUUCCUAUUAUGCUGGUCAACUCUCACUCACAAUUUUAAAACCCGAGUACAGGACAGGAUAAAAGUUAAAUUUUUUUGAGAAAAGAAAACGAUAUUAGAACUCGUAAAAAUACAAACUAUAAUACAAAUGUUAAUAUAAUAUUAAUUAAAUUUAAUUAAUUCUCAGAUAGCAGAUUCUGAAAAUAAUUUUUACUACGCCUAAAUAUACUCUACAUUGCUUUGUGUUUAUAAAAGCCCUGCAGGAAAGUCAACCAAUCGAAAUAUGAGUCUACUUCCAACUAAUAUUUCGUAAUAACUGAAGAGACAAUUCAUUUUUAAUGAGAAAAAUUUUCUUGGCACGGCUAUACUCACACGUUGAUCAGCUACUGCCGAAGAGGUAGAAAGGAAGCAUUUAUAUUGUUCGAAAUGGGUACGAUAACCAGGCACCUUAACUCCCUAUCAAAAAUACCGCCGUUUCAGAACUUUCGUCGGUACCUUCGAACUUAUUUACUGGUAUCGAAUAUGCGGAAAAUCUCAGCCUCCAACUUUUUUUCAACUCUAGCUCAAAUCGGUGAAUAAUUUUCGAAUAUGAGCAAAACAAAUCCUCACUAACCACAUGCGGCGAACAACAAGGGUUAAUGCAAACUGUUUAUUCACAAUAUCGAGUCUAUAAAAUAUAGUAAUUCAUAUGCAAAUGUGCAUAUUUGUUAUAUUUUUAAACUUUACAGUUUGCAUCCUACUGAAGCCAUUUCAAGUCAAACAACUAUUUUUAGAAAGAAUUUGACAUUAUAUAAAAAAUCUUAAUAAAAAUAAACAAAAAAUAGAUAUAUAUUUAGCAGCGAUUUAUUUAUUGUGUUAUGCAAAAUGUUAAAGAAUUCUUUGCAGCAUUCUUGCUCAUCCUGUUUUAUUCAAAGUCUUAGUUUAAAAGAAUUUAAUUUAUUACGCUUAAAGCAUUUGUAUCAAACACUUUAUUCAUUUUUUAUACAGAUAUUUCUUAAUUUCGCGCAAACCUCAUAAUUUGAUUUCAUCAAUUAUAACUGACAUAUGAUAUAUGUAGAUAUGUGUAUUUGGAUAUAGAAAACCAGACGCGGAAGCACAAUUCGUUUUUAGUUAGUGAGAAGUUAGUUGGAAACUUAGAGGUUAGAAUAGUGGCUUGCGCGUCAUAAAAUUAACAAAUGAGUCAUGACGGCAAAAAUGUUUUCGAGCAGCGUUGACUAAUUCUGCUGUGAGUGCUAAUCAUGUGUUAAGAGCUAAACGCGAUAGAACAGUAGCUUCCUUGAGUGAAUCAUACACCUUAAAGCCAAUAGAGAGAUAUUUAUUAUUUUUUGAUUUUAGGCAUAAAAAAUAUCAUAUUUACAUUACUGGUUUGUUAAGAUUUUGGUUCUCAAGCAUUACUUCGACAGAAUUGUAACAUUCGACUCCAAUUGUAACACGUCAUUUAUUUGUAUGACUUUACUUUUGAAAAAAUAAAUAAAUAAAAUACAUAGAUGGCAACCCUUCGCAAUAUAUCUGUAAAAGUAAAAUUCCUCCAAAUAAGCUCUGAAAAAAUCAUAUAGUUGAUAUAGUAAUAUAUUUAUUUACAUAAAUAUUAUUUGUUUUACAUGGUAUAUAUUUUCAUUUAGUGCACACUCAUUUUGGCUCGUGAAUUGUUAACAAUUUCAUAAUAAUUAAUUUACUUUUUUCACUUUACAACUCAACAAGUCUUAAAAAUACACUUGUUUCGUGCAAUAAUAACGAAUAUUCGCCUGCUAAAAGUAUGCUGCACAGCGAAAUACUUUUUCUUUUAAUUAUGAAGAUAAUUUUAUUUUUUAUUAUUAAUAUUUUCUUUAAUUUCGAUAUACUUAGGUAAUAAUAGGUUAAUUCUAAUUUACUAAGUACACAUGUACAUACACAUGUAGGUGAUUAUGUACAGAAACAAGUUUCAGAAAUCUUAAUGGCCAAUGUUUAGUGACGAAGUUCUCGCUUAAUCUAGAUUUGGAUUUUUCUUUAAAUUAAGGCGAAACAAUGUGCAGAACAGUAAAUGGUUAAAGAGAAAUUUCAAAUUCAUGUUAAGCGCUAAAGACGAGAUGAGGCACGCAAGCGAUGGCAACAACAAACAAAGUGUAAUUACAUAAAUAUACAAAAUAUAAGUAAAAAAUAAUAUAAUAA